AUGGGUAUUAAAAAUUUGUCAAAAGCUAUUCAAGAGUUUGCUCCAAGUAGUGUUAAAUCAUUAGAAUUCAAAAACUACUUUGGUCGUGUGAUUGCUAUUGAUGCUUCAAUGUGCAUAUAUCAAUUUUUAAUUGCUAUUAGACAAGAAGGUUUAACGCUUCAAUCAGAAGACGGUCAAACGACAAGUCAUUUAAAUGGUUUUUUCUAUCGAACAAUUCGAAUGAUGGAAGCUGGUAUUAAACCAGUAUAUGUUUUUGAUGGUAAGCCUCCAGAUUUGAAAUCACAUGAAUUGGAUAAAAGAACUGAGAGAAGAGCUGAUGCUGAAGCUUCAUUAAAAGAAGCUAUAUCAAAAGGAGAUACUGCUGGUAUUGAGAAAUUUGAAAGAAGACUUGUUAGAGUUACAAAAGAACAAAACGAUGAUUGUAAAAGAUUGUUGUCACUUAUGGGUGUUCCAUAUGUUGAUGCACCGUGUGAAGCUGAAGCUCAAUGCGCAGAAUUGUGUAAAAAGGGGAAAGUUUUUGCUACAGCAACAGAAGAUAUGGAUGCAUUAACUUUUGGAAGUAAUAUACUACUUCGUCAUUUAUUGGCGCCUGAAAAGAUGGGUUUUACCAUGGAACAAUUUAUUGACUACUGUAUUAUUCUCGGUUGUGACUAUACUCCAUCAAUUCAUGGAAUAGGUCCUAAAAAAGCAUAUGAUUUAUUAAAAAUUCAUAAAAAUAUUGAAACUAUAAUUGAAAAUAUUGACUCAGAAAGAUACAAAAUUCCUGAAGACUGGAACUUUAAAGUUGCACGGGGGCUUUUUGUUUCUCCAGAGGUGACAGAUGGAACUGAAUUUGAUUUUAAAUGGACCUCACCAGAUGUAGAAGGAAUUAUUUCGUUUAUGAGUGGUGAAAAAAAUUUUAAUGAACAAAGAAUUCGUUCAAGUUUAGAGAGGUUAAAAAAAGCUAAACAGAACAGUAGUCAAGUUAGAAUUGAUAGUUUUUUCAAAGUCACCAGUAUUGUUACAACAGAACCUUCUGCUAAAAAAAGAAAACUUGAGGAAGAAAAAGCAUUGAAAGGAAAUGCUAAAAAAGCUAAAGUAACUACAAAAAAGAAAAAAUAA